CUGGCACAUAACAGUCUAAGGCGUGGCAUCGUAGAAUCGACUCUUUUUAUGGGAUCAACUCCCGACCCCUUUUGUCUAAUAGCCAAUCCUAGCGCAGAAGGCGGGGUUUACCAGAUUGCGGUGGGUUUUAAAAAAAAGGACACUGGUAGGUAGGAAUGGAGGAUGCGAAUGAUGAAAAGACGUGUUUCAAGUCGUUCUCGGAAAGACUUACCCUCGGAAUAACCCGAGUUUUAGAAAGUCUUCCAGGUGUGUCAGAUGUGCGGUUUGUUGAGAAGGAACCUGCAGAGAAGCGAUGCCUCCUGUCAUGGGAGCAGAAGAACAACUGCAUUUUGCCGGAGGACCUGAAAGACUUCUACCUCACCACAGACGGCUUUACUCUUACAUGGAGCUCCAAGCUGGAAAAUGAGCUGGUCCCUGUUGGCUGCAUGGUAAUCAACAGUCUAGCAAAGCUUCGUCUGCUGGUGCAGUCCAACAUUUACUCCCUCCCUAGUGCACCAACGUUAGCUGACCUUGACUUCAAGGAUGAAUUCGAAGAAUCAGAGGAACGAGAAGAGCCUCAUUUUGACUCCCGUAGCCGAAUAUUUGAGCUUGACCCCUGUGGUGGAAAUGGCAGGGCCUGUCUUGUUUACAAAGACUGCACUCCAGAUGUCGUGGCCGAGCAAAGUGAAAUAUGGUUCCUGGACCGGUCUCUAUACUGGCACUUUCUUACUUCCUCCUUCACUGCAUACUACAGGCUGAUGAUUACACAUUUAGGGCUGCCGGAGUGGCAGUACACCUUUACUCCAUACGGGCCCAGUCCACAAGCCAAGCAGUGGGCAUCUCUUUAUCAACCCCUUACCUUCCAUGGUGACUCCGGUACGCCUGGUGAAACGUUCCUGAACAAGCUGGACCCAGACAAGGCUUUCCGCGGCAAAACCAAACCUCCUGCUCCCAAGAAGAAGCAGCCCAGCCAGACCCCAUCAGGUGGAGGUCCUGCUAAAGGUCGGGGAUCAAGAGCAGGCAAAGCAUGAAGAGACAAUCACACGGCCACUAGGGAUAGAAUAUUUUAUUUGAACAUACUCAAAUACUUGAGUUAAGAGUGCAAUAUUCUAGUUGUAGUGCAUGAACACUGAGGUCAGAUUAAUGCAAUGCAUAUAAGCGUCAGAUUCUGUCAGUGAUGAAUGAUGGAAAACAUCCCUUUUACUGUAGCUUCGUUGCAAGCUGUCUUUCUUUUGUGUACAGUAAAUCGAUUAAACCUUCAACAAGUGUGUA